ACUUUAAAUAAACUAAUUACUUUUCAAAAUUUGAAAAUUAACUUUGUAAUUUUCUGUGAGGAAAUUGAUGAGUGAAUUGUACAGAAAGGAGUGUAGAGGGACCUUCCUUAGGUCCGUGAACAUUUUGAAGAGCUUAAGAUGACACUUGUGUGACCACCUUUUUUUGCCCUUUAGCUCCAUUCUGUAUUAUAUAUAUAGGCACUCUUAAUACAUAUAUGUAUUCACUAGAGAAUCCGUCUUUCUACUCCAGGACGAUAGGGAGAAUCUGUGUGGUUACUUCUCAUUGAAUUAUAAGGCGAUUUCCUGAGUUGAAUCGGAGAGUGGAGAAAAAUGGCAGAUGAAUACAAGGAGGCGUUGUUAGAGAAGCAGACGACGUACCACGAGGGAUGUCCUGGAUGCAAGGUCGAGAAGAUGAAGCAGCUCCGGAAAGGAUAUCCUUAUUUGGAGCUCUCCUUCGUUUGGAUCGUCGUCCUCUCCACUUCUCUGCCCAUCUCCUCAUUGUAUCCCUUCCUCUAUUACAUGAUUGAGGAUUUUGGUGUUGCAAAGACAGAGAAAGAUAUUGGGUUCUACGCUGGAUUUAUAGCGUGCUCCUUUAUGUUUGGCAGAGCAUUAACGUCAGUUUUCUGGGGCAUUGUGGCUGAUCGUUAUGGAAGAAAACCUAUCAUACUCUUGGGAACUAUCUCCAUUGCCGUUUUCAAUGCUCUCUUUGGCUUGAGCUUAAACUUCUGGAUGGCAAUUGGCACGAGGUUUCUUCUAGGUAGUUUCAACUGUUUGCUUGGAACAAUGAAGGCAUAUGCGUCAGAGAUAUUUCGUGAUGAAUAUCAAGCAACAGCAAUGUCAGCUGUUAGUACUGCUUGGGGCAUUGGCCUGAUCAUUGGCCCUGCACUAGGAGGCUUUUUAGCACAGCCGGCAGACAAAUAUCCAAAUGUGUUCUCUAAAGAAUCCAUUUUUGGGAGGUUCCCGUAUGCGUUGCCUUGCUUUACCAUAUCAGCUUUUGCAUUGGUUGUGACAGUACUAUGUUGCUUCAUUCCGGAAACACUGCACAAUCAUAAACAAGACAACACUUUAGAUGAUGACUCGUAUGAAAUAAUUGAAGCUGCAGCUCGUGACUCUACUGCUUCUACCGGGAAGACAGAAAAACACGAAAAGGCUUCUCAAGGGCCACUUUUGAAGAAUUGGCCCCUAAUGUCAUCUAUCAUUGUCUAUUGUGUGUUGUGUCUACAUGAUACUGCAUACUCUGAGAUAUUUGCUUUAUGGGCUAAUAGUCCAAGGAAAUAUGGAGGUCUGAGCUACUCAACCAAUGAUGUCGGUACAGUUCUUGCAAUCUCAGGUCUCGGCCUAUUCUGCUUUCAAGUCUUUGUUUAUCCUUUGGUGGAGAGACUGCUAGGACCUGUGCUGGUCACCCGUUUUGCUGGGGCAUUGAUGAUACCAAUACAAAUGAGUUAUCCAUUUAUAGCUAACUUAUCAGGUCUCAGUCAAAGCUUAAUGUUGAACUGUGCAUCAAUCCUCGUCAAUGUACUAAGUGUGUCUGCCAUAACUGGCUUGUUGAUCCUACAAAACAAAGCUGUGGAUCAGAGGCAAAGAGGGGCGGCUAAUGGAAUUGCUAUGACUGCGAUGUCUCUCUUUAAGACCGUUGGACCAGCUGGAGCUGGCAUCUUAUUUUCGUUGAGCGAGAGGAGACUGAACGCCUCGUUUCUACCAGGAUCGCAUAUGGUAUUCUUCGUCCUGAAUGUGAUAGUCCUGGUCGGUGUAGCUCUCACGUUCAAGCCAUUUCUUAAAACAGCUAGAAGUUGAAAUUUAUUGGAAUUGGUGGUGAUAGUGGAAUGUAUGUGGCUCGCUUUUAAGUUUAGAUUGAAUAAAAAAAUUAUCGAAUUUCACUAACCUUAGGAUUUCAGUUUUUUUUUCACUUUUGUUUUGCAUUGUCUGAUUUUGGACCAAAAGAUUACAGAAACAUCAAUGACAUGAUAAGGCACAUCAAAUGUAAGUACAAUAGUACUGUUCCUUAUUAAAUCCAUUGCACGGUUGAGUCG